AUGUUAGUUAGUAAGAAGAAAGGGAAACAAGUUUACCUUGGAGCUUAUGACGAAGAAGAAUCAGCUGCAAGAGCUUACGAUUUGGCUGCCAUUAAGUAUUGGGGGACAUCAACUUUCACCAAUUUCCCAAUAUCAGAUUAUGAGAAAGAGAUUGAGAUAAUGCAAACUGUGACUAAAGAGGAGUAUUUGGCCUCCUUAAGAAGGAGGAGCAGUGGCUUCUCAAGAGGUGUAUCCAAGUAUAGGGGAGUUGCAAGGCACCAUCAUAAUUGCAGAUGGGAAGCAAGAAUAGGGAGAGUUUUUGGAAACAAGUACCUCUAUCUUGGCACUUACAGUACCCAAGAGGAAGCUGCCCGUGCUUAUGACAUUGCAGCAAUUGAGUACAGGGGUGUCAAUGCUGUGACAAACUUUGACUUGAGUACAUAUAUAAGAUGGCUAAAGCCAGGAGCAAACACUGCAGCAGCCGCUCAUGAACCACAGGCCAUCACAGAGCCUCAGACAGUGGCGUCCCCAACCAGCUACACUCCAAGAGAGGAAUCCAAAUCCUCGUUCUUCCAUACUAAUCCUCUGCCCACUGCAGACUACUUAGACUCUCCCCCUAAGCAAGAAGUGUUCCAAAGCAAAAUUCCUCUUAGCUCAUGCAGUAAGUCGUCCUGUACCACUACUGCACUAGGCCUCCUCCUUCGAUCUUCAGUAUUCAAGGAUUUAGUGGAGAAGAAUUCAAAUCUCUCAGAGGAUGACUCUGAUGGGGAAGAGCCGAAGAAUAUUCAAGCACAGGUAGGUAGUGACGAUGACUUCGGUGGGAUCUUUUAUUAUGGAAUUGGUGACAUCCCAUUUGUUUGCGCUUCCGCUGGAGAUGGCAUAGAGUUGCAAGAAAGAGAACUACACUUCGUUUUCUGAAUGGCCCCAUGCAACAACAGCAUGACAAGCUUUUGAUUAAUCAACCAGCCAGGUGCAGUACAAUGUUUUUUGUUGGAAGAUUUUAGGAACAGAUCGAUCGUGUUGAAAUGGUGUCUGCGUGAGUGUCUAUAUAUAUAUAUAUGGACAUAAGUUGCUAUUUACUUGUAAUUAAACUUCACUACCACUUGGCCCGCCAAAUGUACAUGUCAUAAUACACCAAUGCACAUUUCAAGAUUUGUCACUUUUGACCUUCAAAGUGAGCAUUGCUCUCCGACUUGAAAUGGCAAGGAUGUGUUCUACCCGUGUAUAUGAUACUAUGUCAUUUACAAAUUUGCAAUUACACGACAACAUAUUUUACAAAUUGAAUCUUAAAAAUGGGAUGGAAGAUCAGUG